UAGCCUGCUUUUCUCAGAAGGCCUGGCAGAAGCAUACUUCAUUGUCUCGUCGGGUCAGAGACGAGAGGAUCACGGAGGAUUUUUGAACAGCCGGAUGACACUGAAUUAUCAUCCACCCAUGUCCCUUGUUGAAGAUUGCGAGACUAAAUAGGACUCAAUCUUUGGCCAUAUUUACGGGAAUAUGCCAUGGUAGAAAAAACUGAAAACCAAAGCCUUAAUUCCCUACUGUUGCUUCCCGUAGAUAAAACAAAAUCAAUAAACACUCAUUCGCAUCUGAAAACCAAACCCAUCUCCUCUCUUUUUUCUCGUAUCUCUGCGCUCUGCGCAGGAAAGGCGGUUUCUUUUCUUUUUGUUUUUUUUUUUUGUCCAAGCGUAUUUCCCCGAGAAAAUUUCAAUCGAGGUAAGAGUUUUCCGGGGGAAAAGAGGAAGUUUCAAUGGUGGAGGAGGAGGAAGUAUUGCCGGACCAUCUUCGCUGUAGCCGCACCGACGGCAGACAAUGGCGGUGCCGUCGGAGAGUCAUGGAUAAUCUGAAGCUAUGUCAGAUUCACUAUCUACAAGGUCGUCAUCGGCAAUACAAGGAGAAGGUCCCGGAGUCGCUGAAGCUUCAGAGGAAGCGAAAGAAUGGGAAUAAUGACAGCAAAGAUGAUUCUGUUAAUCUCGACAAUGUUGAAAUUAGGGCACUGAAAGUGGGGAAGAAGGCGAACCUGAUAAAGAAGAGGCGGAAAUUCUGGGAUUCUUCUGAAGCAGUGAAUGCUCAUCCUGUGAAGAAAAAGGCCUUGAAGCAAGGUGGUAUGCAGUUGGACUUGAUAAGGAUGGUUCUGAAGAGGGAGAUUGAGAAGAGGAAGAAGAAGGAGAAGCAGGGAGAGAAAAGGAUGAAGAAGUCGGAAGAAGAAGAGCUGAUUAAUUACAGCGAGGGAGAGUUGACUAGAGAAUUACCCAAUGGUGUUAUGGCAAUCUCUCCAGCAUCAACGCCCCGAGAUUACAACAAUGUCGGUUCACAAUGUGAUGUUAAAGUAGGGAUUGAUCAUAAAGCAAUCACUCCACGUUACUUCAGGUCCAAGAAUGUGGAGAGGCUCCCUGCUGGCAAGUUGCAGGUAUUGCCUUUUGGGCGAAAUUUGAAGAAGUUGAGGAGGAAAAAGUGUCACUGGUGCCAGAAAAGCGAAUCUUGGAAUCUCAUUAAAUGUUCUAGCUGUCAAAAAGAAUUCUUUUGCAUGGACUGCUCCAAAGACCGGUACUUUGAAACUCAAAAUGAAGUUAAGAUGGCAUGUCCAGUUUGUCGAGGAACAUGUUCCUGUAAAGAGUGCUUGGCAAGUCGAUGUAAAGACAGUGAAAGUAAGGAAUACUUGCCGUGUAAAAGCAGAGUUGACAGAAUUUUGUGUUUUCAUUAUAUGAUCUGCAUGCUUCUUCCUGUAUUAAAACAAAUCAGUGCAGAUCAUAAUAUUGAACUAGAAGCAGAAGUGAAAAAUAAAGGGAAAAGAUCCUCUGGUAUUCAAAUCAAGCAGGUUGAGUUUGGCUGUAAUGAGCAAAAUUGCUGGAAACCCACUAAAUUGAAAGAUCGCAUUGCUGAUGAAAACCACAUUUUGGAUGAGGUCGUUUCCAAUGGCAAUUCAGCAGCUACUUCAUCAUCACCAGACUGCACAACUUGUAAAGGUUCUGGCAACAGAGCUUGUUCCCCCACAGAGCUUGGUGGUUGUGAUGAUAGCCUUCUAGAUCUGAGAUGUGUUUUUCCCAUAAGCUUGAUGAAAGAGAUGGAAACAAAAGCUGAAGAAAUAGCUUGCUGCUAUGACUUUCCUGAAGCUUUGGAUAAAAGUUCAAGCUGCUCACUUUGUCUCAAUACUGAUAAUAAAAUUGAUAGAUACAAACAGUGGCAAGAAGCAGCUCUAAGAGAAGAUUCCAAUGAUAAUUGCUUGUUUUAUCCCACAGUUUUGAACAUCAGUCAUGAUAAUUUUGAACACUUUCAGAAGCACUGGGGAAAAGGUCAUCCAGUAGUAGUGCGAGAUGCUCUCCAAAGUAAAUCAAAUCACAUCUGGGAUCCACUGGUCAUGUUCUGUGCUUAUCUUGAGCAGAGUAUUGUAAGAUAUCAGAAUGAUAAGGACUUACUUGAAUCUUGCUUGGAUUGGUGUGAGGUUGAAAUCAACAUUAGGCAGUUUUUUGCAGGGUCUCUGAGAUGUCAACCUCAGAAAAAUACUUGGCAUGAGAUGCUUAAAUUGAAGGGUUGGCUGUCUUCCCAACUAUUCAAAGAACAGUUUCCGAUUCAUUUUGCUCAAGUGAUUGAUGCUCUACCUCUUCCAGAAUACAUGAAUCCCAUGUCUGGUAUUCUGAAUUUAGCCGCAAAUUUGCCACAAGGGCAAGCAAGACGUGAUAUAGGUCCGUUUGUCUAUAUGUCAUAUGGUUGUUCUGAUGAACAAGCUGAUUCUGUAACAAAACUCUGUUAUGACUCAUAUGAUGUGGUUAAUAUCAUGAUGCAUUCAACAGAUAUCCCUCUCUCUACAGAACAACUCACUAAAAUAAGAAAGUUAUUGAAAAAGCACAGAAAUCUGUGUCAAAGGGAGUCUCCUGAGAUUAUUACUGAGCAGAUAACGGGACAAUGUUUGAAAGGAAAUUCAGUAUUGCAUGCCGAAGAUGAGGAACAAAAUGAAGUGCAGAGUAUGGUUAGAGAAGAGAUGAAUUUCUUCCGGAGAGUCAACAGAACAACUUCCAUCUCCAUGGAGGCAAUAAAAGCAGCAAGUCGGAGUACAGACAGCAUUAUUUCCCAGGGUGGAGAAUGUGAUUCAGAUUCUGAUUCUGAUCUCAAAUCCACUGCACUUCAUGGGACAGUCCAGAACACUCUAUGUUCUACACACAAUAAUCACAGAUAUUCUGAUGAUAGCUCAAAUAAUGAUAGGAAUAAAAACCUUGAUGACCAUUCUGGUGCCCAGUGGGAUGUAUUUCGCAGACAAGAUGUCCCAAAACUAAUGGAAUACCUUAAAAGACAUUGUAUUGAAUUUUCUGAUACCCGGAACUAUAAAAAGAAGGUCAUUCACCCAAUUUUAGAUCAGAUCUUCUUUCUUGACGAUACUCACAAAAUGAGGCUUAAGGAGGAGUUUGAAAUUGAACCGUGGACUUUUGCGCAACAUGUUGGAGAAGCUGUCAUCAUUCCUGCUGGAUGUCCAUACCAGAUCAGGAAUCCAAAGUGUUCUGUUCAUGUGAUACUUGAAUUUGUGUCCCCUGAAAAUGUUAACGAGUGUUUUGAGUUGUUUGAUGAAGUCUGUCUACGUCCUGAAGGGCAUAAAGCGAAAGCAGAUAAGCUGGAGAUGAAGAAAAUGGCCCUUUAUAGCAUGAGAACAGCGAUAAAGGAAAUAGGAGAUCUUACCUGUAAAAAGUGAUUGCUUCAACAUUACAUGCCUCUGCUCUGUGAGACUCGGGCUUUCUAGAUGCUUUCAUUUUUUGUAUAGAUUAAUUGUAGAGCAUACAUUUUAGAUCUGGCAGGAUACUCGUUGAUUUGAUUGAUUUUAGUUUCUAUUCAUUUUUUAUUCACCAAAUUGUGUGACUCUGAAAUUGAAAUAAAAUUGUAAGGUCUGUAUAAACUUUUUAAUCCCUUUUUCCUGAAAGGAAAUUGAUAAUUUUUUUAUGGGAGAGUGAGAGGGAUGUAUUGUGGGUUUGAGGACUAUAAAAUUGACGUUCUGACCA